AUGAAAGUAAUUUCUGAGUUUCGUUGUCCUAUCAUCUGUUCCUUGACAUUUACGAUACUGACAUAUUUAAGUCUGAACUUUAGUCGACGUUAUUUAAGACAAAAUGUCCAGAGUUCAUGCGUAUUAUUAUGGGCAUUACGACUUGGUGCUUAUUUGUUUUAUCGUAUUUUGAAAAUGAAAAAAGAUGCACGCUUCAACCGUAUUCGAGAUAGCCCAUCAAAACUUUUUGGUGUUUGGAUGAUGCAAGGUAUAUGGAUCAUCGUUACCUUAUUACCGACACUCUGCGUCAAUCAAAAACGUGUUGAUAAAAAGUUAACAACAACCGAUUAUUUGGGUUGGAGUUUAUGGUUAUUUGGAUUUUUAUUUGAAGUUAUUGCGGAUGGACAAAAAUAUGCCUUCAAAACAAAUCCAGCACAUAAAGGUAAAUUUAUCAACAGUGGUUUAUGGUCUAUUUCACGACAUCCAAAUUAUUUUGGUGAAAUAUGUGCAUGGACGGGUCUCUAUAUAAGUUCAUCUCAUAUGCUUCAAGGUAACGAACGUUUAUGUGCAUUAUCACCCGUAUUUAUAACAUUAAUGAUAUCAUUUUUAUCUGGUAUACCAUUACUUGAACGAAUAGCGAUGAAACAAUUUGGUGGGAAUUCAGCAUAUCGUACAUAUCGUAGUCAUGUACCAGUACUAAUUCCAUUUAUCAGUUUUUCAAAAAUAUAA